GGGCGGGCCGCGCGCUGCCGUCGCCAAGGUGACGGGGUGAGGCGGCUGAAACGACAGUCGGCGACAGUCACCCGGUCGCGUGUUGGUGCGAGAUGGCGGGAAUCGCUCUCUGCGAGCCCCACUGCCUCUACAACAUCGUCAGCCAGAAGCGGCGGGUGUCCCGGCUGGCGGAGGCCAACUACCUGUGCCUGCUGGAUGCCCGUACUCAGCAUGAAUACAACGAGAGCCAUAUUAUUACAGCACGCAGGAUUGAACAGAGUCCCACGGGGGAGUAUCUGGUACCGGAUUCAGAGGAGCUGCGGUGUGUCAGAUAUUGCGUGGUGUAUGACUGUGAGACCAGCUCUUUGGAUUGCUGUGACUGUGAGGAAGAGGAGAAAGAAAAAGGGAGCAGUCCUUCUUUGGAGACUGAAAACACUGACUCAAGUUCCGUAUGUUCCCAGAAUGCUGAGGAAGGAAGUGCCAUCCAGCAUGCCAGAGCCUUAGAGCAGUUCACCCGCCAUCCUGUGCUCAUCCUGAGGGGAGGAUACAAGCGUUUUUCAGCUUGCUAUCAUUUUCUGAGGACUCAGAAGAUAUUGUGGAUGCCUCAGCAGGAACUAGACAAUUUCCAGCCAUACCCUGUAGAAAUACUGCCUGAAAAGUUAUAUAUGGGCAAUUUCAAGCAGGCCUGUGACCAACAAAUUCAGAGAAAUCUGAAGAUCAAAGCACAAGUCAACAUCUCUGAACAGCCUGCGACACUGUUUGCAGAAGGCGGCAAAUACCUCCAUAUACCUGUUCCAGAUUCGCUCGAAGCAGAUCUUUUUUCUUCCUUUGCCACCAUUUGUCAUUUCAUAGAUGCUCAGCUGGAUCAUGGAGCAGUGCUGGUGUUCUCCAGCCUGGGGAUAAGCCGGAGCAGCACAGCAACCAUGGCCUAUCUUAUGAAUUCCUGCCAGUUUUCCCUGAAGAGAGCUUGGGACUACGUUCUGCAAUGCAAAACGAACAUGAGACCACACCGGGGCUUUGUGAAACAGCUCUCAGACUGGGAGACCCAAAUCUAUGGGACCACCAUCACAGACAUCUCUGAACCAAAUUACUGACAGGUAGCAAAGAGAACACCCAGCAGGGAGAGGGGCUUCCCUGUCCAUACCACUGUGACGGUAGAAAGUUACUUGAACGCUGUUUGAAAAAAAGAACUUAGCGUAAUGGACAGGUUUUCCUCUUUAGCUCCAUGUUAUUUCAGGUUAAGUUUUGGAGUCAUUUGGGGAACUCAUCUGUGCUGUAGAAGGUGGAAGUUUGGGGAAAGCAAGUCCUGCAGGAUGUGACCCAUUACACACUGCUUGUCUCUUUUGUAAGCAGAGGGGAUCGUAACCACAUUAUUGAGCUUUUUACCCCAGGUACGGGGCAGUCAUUAGGGUUAUCUCUGAAAAGGUUCGUUGAUCCAUAGCCUGGGACAGUCAAUUUAGAGUUUGACCGUGCCCGCUUCCAGCACAGCGAGGUGAUGACAGUUUCCCCAUUGCAAAUGUCCCUCCACCCUGCAUGUGCCUUUCUCAGCGACCUUCGGGCACGGCCACGGAUCUAGCAAGACCUCGCCUGGCACUCACCACCUUCUGAUACAACAAGCAGACCUCUUGGCGUGGCUGGGCAUUUUGAAGCAUCGAUCCGUUACGUGACAGCUCAAUUCAGUGCUGUCUGCUCUCUUACCACGCUGUGAACUCUUCGCAUUGACGUCAGAAAAUGAAAUGUUACAGAAAAUGC